GCCGAGCCGAAGGGGUGGGGCCUCGCGUGGCUGUACCGCCGUUGCCGCCGCCUCCGCCGGGGGUCUGGGAAAUCUUUCCCGAGAGUCCAGGAGGAACCUAUCCACGCUCGCAGGGGUCAGGCGGGCGAGUGCACGCGCUCGCCCUGUCUUGCUAGGGGGUGGUCGCACGGGGGAAACCCCCUCCCCAUCUGCGCCUCCGUCUCUGGCAGUCUCCCCAGCCUUCCUCCGACCCCGGGACGCCGGGGAGCCCGGCGCGCGGCGGGGGCGCGAGGUGGAGCGGUCGGGGGCGGCCAAUGCGAAACUGGCUGGUGCUGCUGUGCCCGUGUCUGCUCGGGGCCGCGCUGCACCUCUGGCUGCGGCUGCGCUCCCCGCAGCCCGCCUGCGCCUCCUCCUCCGGGGCCGGCCCUGCAGAUCAGCUGACUUUAUUUCCUCAGUGGAAAUCAAGACAUUAUGAUGUGGUAGUUGGUGUGCUGUCAGCUCGAAAUAAUCAUGAACUACGAAGUGUAAUCAGGAACACCUGGUUGAAGCACUUGAAACAGCAUCCAGAGUUAAGUCAACGUGUGCUUGUGAAGUUCAUAAUAGGUGCUCGUGGUUGUAAUGUGCCUGUGGAAGAUCGAGAAGACCCUUAUUCCUGCAAACUGCUGAACAUCACUAAUCCCAUUUUAAAUCAGGAAAUCGAAGCAUUCAGUCUUCCUGAAGGAACCGCAGCAGGGUUCUCUGAGGAUCAAGUUGUCAGUGUGAGCUUCCGAGUUCUCUACCCAAUUGUCAUUACUAGUCUUGGAGUUUUCUAUGAUGCUGGUGAUGCGGGUUUCCAGAGGAAUAUUACUGUCAAGGUGUAUCAAGCAGAACAGGAGGAAGCUCUCCUUAGUGCUCGUUUCAGUCCCCCCAGCUGUGGAGUACAAGUCAACAGACUGUGGUACAAACCAGUGGAGCAGUUCAUUUUGCCAGAGAGCUUUGAAGGCACGAUUGUGUGGGAGAGCCAGGAUCUUCAAGGCCUCGUGUCUAGGAAUCUUCACAAAGUAACAGUGAACGAUGGAGGGGGAGUUAUCAGAAUCAUUACAGCUGGUGAGGGAGCAUUGCCUUAUGAAUUCAUGGAAGGUGUAGAGGGAGUAGCAGGAGGCUUUAUUUAUACAAUUCAAGAAGGUGAUACCCUUUUACAGAGUCUUCAGACUCGCCCAGGAAGGUUUGUUGAUCACAUCAGUAACCUCCAUAAGGAGGACGCCUUACUGAAGAAAGAAAGCAGCACCUUUGACGACGUUGUCUUUGUGGACAUUGUUGACACCUACCGCAAUGUUCCUGCAAAACUACUGAACUUCUACAGGUGGACUGUGGACACAACUAGCUUUGAUUUGUUGCUGAAGACAGAUGAUGACUGUUACAUAGAUUUAGAAGCUGUGUUUAAUAGGAUUGCCCACAAAAACCUGGACAGACCAAAUUCUUGGUGGGGAAACUUCAGAUUGAAUUGGGCAGUUGACCGGACAGGAAAGUGGCAAGAAUUAGAGUACCCCAGUCCUGCUUAUCCUGCCUUUGCAUGUGGGUCAGGUUAUGUUAUCUCCAAAGAUAUUGUCCACUGGCUAGCAAGCAACUCGGAAAGACUAAAGACAUAUCAGGGUGAAGAUGUGAGCAUGGGCAUUUGGAUGGCAGCUAUAGGGCCUAAGAGAUACCAGGAUAGUCUUUGGUUGUGUGAGAAGACUUGUGAAACUGGGAUGCUCUCUUCCCCUCAGUAUUCUCCACAAGAACUCAGAGAACUGUGGAGGCUGAAGGAAGCAUGUGGGGAUCCUUGUAAGUGUGAGGCAAGAUGAUGAUCAUUUAAACCUGGCUCUGAAGACCUGGAGUGAAGAAAAUAUGAAGGUUAUGCUGCGGAACCAGAUUUCUUUCAAGGGGCAUUAUGUUGGUGCUGUCACCUAUGACUGAUGGAAUAUUUCUUGAUAUUUGCAUAGAAGUUCCCCUUUUAAAAAUUAGCAUAGGCUGAAAAAUUAACUUUUUAUGUCUAAGCAAUUUUAAAAAUACCAUAUUAUAAAGGAAAAAAAGUCCUUUUAUUUAAAAAAAAAAACUUAGUUACUUACAGUUUAAUAAUCUGUCUGUCACUUAGGGCUGUGACUUGGCUAAUUGCUGAAAUCAUUUGUAACUGGUAAAGCAGCAAUCCAAGUGGGAGUUCUAAGGGGAAACAGUCUGUUUGUCAUUAGGGAAUUUAGCUUGCCUGCUUCUGGGAAUGAAGUGCUGGCAAGUCAUUCCUUAUGGUUACUAAACAGUGAGUACAGAUCUAGCAGGUAGCUGGAGAGGGGAGUUUGCCCAGUUUGGGACCCUUGGUUUAUCAUAUUACUAGUUACCCAAGUUUAUAGCCUAUGUAUUUCAACAGGCAUACAGUAUUGGGUGCUAAUUUGGUCAGCUUCUGUUGAUAAGGGCUAUAAAGUGUCCCUAUUAAGGAAAAUCUUCCAAAUCAGUCAAAAGUACAGUACUCCUCAGGGUUUUGGUGAUAAUGGGGAAGUAAUUUUCUAAAGAAUAAGUUGGUGCCCUAAAAGAACUAACCUCACUUUUCUAUUUCCUGGGAGUAUUUAUAUCAUAAUGGCUUACCUCAGGCCUAAUAUUUACCUAAAAUUGAGGCAAUAUCUAAAGCUGAAUUUCAGUCAUAUUCAAACUUUCCAUGAAGAUGACACUCUCUCAACUUAUGCCUAGGCUCAAACCCAAAUAAAAAGCAUGACUUUUUUCAGUGCCCUAAAAAUGGUACAACAGAAGGGAUAUAGCAGCAUUAAUUUAAUUAGCAAAAUAGUGGAAUAUGUGCCUCCCCCAUUUUCAGUGGCCUUUUCCUUAGUUGUAAAUCAUAAUUACAUGGUAUCAGUAAGUAUUCACACUAAAGUCUAUUUAGACAGAAUUUUUUCAAACAACUUUAGUCAAAAUAGUCUUAACAUUUAGGUUUUCUAUGUAAAGUUGUUACUAUGAAGAAAUAAGUAUAAAGUACAAGAAUAAAUAUACAAACAAAAACCAGUAAAUAGCCACAAAGUAUUUAUUAGAGCUAUUAUACAAAUGCUAGAAACAAUCUUUUCUUCCACUAAAAUGUGGUUUGACAAAUCCUUUACAUCGUUGAUUUCUUGGCCUCAGUCACACUGAAUAGUCAUAAGUUAAUUUUACCAUCGUACUAAUAUACAGUCUCCAUUUUCAACAGAGUAAAACUGUAAUGGCUGUUGGUCAUUCUCUAGUUCAAUUUCUCUGCCUUCCAUCUAAAAUUGGAAAAAAGUUUUAAAAGGUGUGAGAUAAAUCUGCAAAGUGUAUUCUCUUCAUGACACUAAAGUCAGUUGCGUUCAAAAUCCUCAUGUCCUUUGGUCAAAUAUAUUGUAAUCUACAAUGAAGGACUAAACUUGAUUAUGGGUCUUGCUGAAUCUACUUACUUUAGGGCUUUCGUAGGACAAUUUGAGUUCUGAUCGUGGAACUUUGAGUAGACGAGACAGUAAGCCUUUCACCUUCUGAAUUGUCAUGGACUCUGUCAAGUAGAAGAAAAGAAAUUAUUUCUUUUAAAACUGACAGCUAAUUAUAAAACCAGCUGCACCUAUUUAUUAAAAAAAAACUGAGAUUAUUCCUAAAUUAACAGUAAUGUAAGCAUGUGUUUUUGCUUAACUUUUUGAGCACCAAGUUGGCUUGAUGUCUGUAUGUUCUUUAGUUGUAUUAGGUUCCCCAAAUAACUGAUUAAUGUUGAAAAGCUCAUCUGUUAUGUAGAUCAUCACGUUACUGCUCCAUAAUCUUCAGUACAGUUGGUGGGGUACACAGGACGCAUUGAGCCAAUGUUUUGACCUAAGUGACCUUUGAUGAUGAGUUUUCAUUCUGUCCAUUGAUUAUACUAUUUUAAACUGUUCCCCACCUGGUGUAAUUCUCAGCACAGAGGAAGGAAUGCCUGAAAUCAUCAACAUCCUUUGGUUUGUUUUUCAUGUCCAGCUGACGGAAGGAAAAGAACGUUUGCCAGCAAAUCAGAGGACCUGGGUUCUAGACCCAGCUCUUCUGGGCAUAUAGUUUCUCCUCUGGGCCUCAGUUUCCUCAUCUGUAAAAUGAGGGGGUUGGACUAGAUGAUCCCUAAGAUCUGUCCAGCUCUGAUUCUACUAUUCACUAACGUGCUAUAUCAAUGACACCAAGGGACCGCACAGCCCUGGAAUUUAACUUGAAUGAGUAAAUGAUUUGGCUUGUUAAGAAAACACAAUGAACUUACUUCCAAAGAUAGGUUAUGGUAAAUAAUGGGUAUCUUGAUUAUGAAAUGUUUAGUUUCUUUGAAGCUUUAGCUGGAGGCACAGCAAUAGAGUGUGUGGUUUUCCUGCAAUAUCACAAUGUACUUAAACUCAAAUAUUUUUCUAUCAAAAUCAUUUUUGUAAAAGCUGUCUGUGUUUUUAUGCAACUUGUGAUAAUAAAUGUGAUCUUUAUUUUAGAAUAAAAAAA